AUGAGUUUGUUUUCCCGAUUCUCUGGCCUGGUUCAAGCAGGCAUUAGGGCCGCCAGAAAAACUGUCUCGAGUGCAGCGAAAAGAGGAAUCGAGAGCUUGACAGAUAGUGCAUUUGAUGGUGCCAUCGACGCAAGCAGCAUCAAAAGUGCAUUGGAAUCACCGGGUGUAGAAGAGCUUAUGGACAGCGUCAUUCAGAUGGUUAUGUGGUAUGUGUGGAUAUCAUAUGUCAUUCCAAUGAUGUUGAUUAUGGGUUUCCUUUUUGGAUUACUCUUCGCUGCGUACUUUUACGGAUGGCUGAACAGGUGCUCAGCGGGAUUUUUUAGAUCUUUCACAAUUGCUGCAGAAAUUAUCAUGUACGCUUACUGGAGAUUAAAGAAAGCCCUACGUGCAUUUUGGGGUGCUUACACUGAAUUUGACGAUAGUGGCCUUAUCUCUAAAUUUAGAGGCCGCCGAUACUUACCUGCCAAGUUUGCGAAGUAUAAUCUGCGCUGA